CAGUAAAUUUGUAGACAGACACAUAAACACAGUGGAAUAAAAAUGUCAAAUUUACCCUCAGAGUUUGGGGAUAUUAAACAGAAGAAAGUGCCUCAUCGGAAUUUACUUCAUUCUUUAUACGAUCGCGAAAUAAAUGGUAUGAAAACGCGUACGACUUGUAUUAAAGCUACUUACCAAUGUGUAUGUCCUAAUUGUACAGUUAUAAAUGUUGAAAAACCCCCUUGUUAUUUACGAAAAUUCACUCCCGAUGGCCGUCACUUUAUAGCAUUUUCUCACGAUCAAUCUUCUUUAGAGGUAUAUGAUUAUUUAGGAUGUUCAAUGGCGGCUAAUUUGCUGAAGAACUACGAAGGGAACUGUAUUGGUCAAAAUAAUGAAGGUGAUGUUGUCCGUAAGCGAAUAUUUGAACAGUUAUUUAAACUGAAAUAUCGGAUAAAAGUUUCACCCGAGGGAGAACAAUUGAAUAGAGAAUGUAGUUUAUUCACAGAGAAUGGACAUUAUGCUGUGGUAGGAUCCGCUGCAGUUAUUCCUGAUGAUAUGAGGCCGCAAUUCUAUGAAAUGUAUACCAACAACGAAGCCGUAAGUCCUAAUCCAUUAUUUCCUUUAGAAGACUAUACCAUACAUUUGGUUAACUUAAAACAUGGGGCUGUAAGUCACUAUAUAGACUUUAAAUCUGAUAAAAUAUUUUUAUCUCAUAAUCAAGGUAUAUACUUGCUUAAUAAUACACUUGCAGUCUUAUCUGUUCAACAUCAAGUAAUCCAUAUUUAUAAAAUUAUUCGAAACCGUUUUUGUUUACUAAGAAAAAUUGGACGAUUUUGUUAUGAAGAUGAUCAUUUAUUAAUUACUUCAGUGUACACAAUUAUGAAUCGUGCAAUGUAUAGGCCUUUUAGGGAAAACAGCGUAAAUGGAUUAAAACAUAAAUUAAUGAUAUUUUUAUACAAAAAAGCUGAAGGAGAAGCUCAGAAAACUGGAACUCAAUAUCCACUUAGAAAAUUUUAUCAGCAUUUCAAUCAAGUAAGACAGUAUUUUCCUAUUAAGAAUUAUUGAAUUGCUUAUUUAUUACCUGUUUACUAUUUUAUAGUUUUUGUCAUUACGUAUGUGGAAGAUGCAAUUAUUAGAUGAAAAUCAUAUACUCAUUAGAUAUGCACCAGAAGAAGUAGCUACAAUUAAAAUUCAGGAACCAAAUACACAAGCAUCAUUCUUUAUGGUUUACAACAUGGUUACAACUACGGUAAAUUUCAUAUCUAAAAAAAAAAUCAAUAGAUAAACAAAUUUUUUAAAUUUCAUAUGAAAUAUCUCAUAUUAGAUAGACAAUACAAAUUUAAAAAUAUCAGAAUGUACAAUAAAUAGAAAGGUUUUCAUAUCAUUUUGUUGCUUAAAAUCGACUGCUAAACAAAACAUCUCACUAUAAAUUUAUAAUUAGUUCAAAAUUUAGAAAAGGUGUAACUUAAUUGUUUAUAUUUAUACUAUUUACACUACAGAAUAAUAUAUUUUUACAUUAUAUAGGUUUUAGAGGUUUUUGAAAACACAUCUGACGAUUUAUUAAAAGUAUAUGAAAAUUUUUGUGAUAAUUUUCGCAAUUCUUAUGCCAAUCCAGAAGGAUUUAUGCCUUGUUCUCCAGCAAACAAUAUAUAUUCAUGGUAAAUUAAUACACUAAAUAGUGAAUAUAAUUUGUAUUUAUGUAUUCAUAAAUUUAAUUUGUAUUCAUUUAAGUAUUUAAUUUUAAGGGAAUCCCACCAAAAGUUUAAAAAUACAAUUAUAAAUGCUAAAUUUGGUGGUAUAAUGGAGGCAAACAAACGAAUUUUAGCACAAUUACCAGUUGCUGCCCAAUCAUUCACCAGUUCUCCAUAUUUGGAUACAUAUCUUUAUAGUUAUGACGAAAAGUGGGUGUCACCAAUGGAAAGACCUAAAGUAGUUGGUGAAUAUCCAAUAAGGUAAAAAAAAAUAAAAUUAUAACUCCUCUUAUACACAAAUAAAUAAUUGUGAUUGCAUGUAUUUUUAUUUGGAUUUAAAUAGAUUUUAUUCAAGAGAAUCUGGAUUACUGAGUUUUUGUUUAUAUACUAGUGAAUCAAAAGGACCUACUUUAGAUCGCAGACGCUUGGUGGCAUUUACAUUUCAUCCCACUGACCCUUUUGCUAUAAGUGUACAAAGGGAUAAUUUUGAGUAUGUUGUUAAUUUUCACAUUCGAAAGGUUUAUAUGCCAGAAUAAUGAAAACAUUAACUUUUUUAAACUCGUUUAUUUUAAAUUAACUAAUUGUGAAAGGUUAAAUUAAAUUUUUAAAACUUUUUAACUUCUUAAUUAUUUUUAUUGUUAACCUAUUAACUUAAAUAACUUUUUAAAGUUAAUUAGUAUAAACAUUAGUUAUGUUAAAAUAAGUUAAAAGCAAUUUUUUUUUUCAAAAUUUGCCAUUUAAUUUUAUUUGGCUAUUCUCAAUUCUACAAUUUAAUCUGAAUGCACACCAAACCAGUUAUGGUAUUUUUUUCACUGUGUGUACCAGUACUUUAAAAAAAAAAAAUGGGAUAAAUGGUGUAAAAACAUUUUAAAAUGUUGUUAUUAUUGAAAUGAAAUAAAUAUUUCAAUUUUCCUUAGAAUGUAAUAAAAUUAUCAAAAAAUGUGUAAUUAAUAUUUAAGUUGAAAAAUUUAAAUAUCACAAUUAUUAUAGUUACAAUAUAAUAGUAUAUUGUUUUUUGUAUUCUGCCUAAGUAUAUAAUUAUUUUAUAUAAAAUUAUAUUAUUUGGAGUUUUAUAAUUGUAUAACAAUAUAUAAAAGAAAAACAGUAAUGGUACUACUAGUAGGUCAAUAUUGAAUACUUUCUGUGUUUAUUUUUAAAAGCAAAAGAAAUAAUAAUAAUAAACUUUUUUAACUUGGUUAAGUUAAUAUUUUUUUUUGCAUAUCAGUUUUUAAUUUCACUAGUUAAAUUUAUCUUUUAUUAAAUAUUAACUUUUAAAUAAAGUCAUGUUUGUACAUGUUAUGUUAAAUGUUGUAAAAUUGGUUAAUGUUGUUAUAUUUAUACUCUCUUUGUAUGAAAACCGAUUGUGCACUGUUAGACUGGAACUGUCCAUAUUUUGCACUUAUUUAUUUUUAUGAUCUCUGUUUAUAGAUGGAUUGAUUUUUUACCAAAACAAACAAUGAAAAUAGUUUAAUUUGCACUAUAUCAAUCAAACUUUCAAUAUGGCAUAUUAGUAUGGGGAAGCCUUUGAGAUAAUAUCUUAAAUGCAUUAGUAAUUAAUCGAAAUAAUAGUUAGGAUUUGUCUAAAUAAAUUUACUCUGCAAGAAUCUACAAAGGCUAACUAUAAAGAAUUUGGUGUAUUGCCUAUAAGGUUUUACUAUAAAAAAAAUGCAAUUAUGUAUUUGGUUAAGAAAUUUAAUUUAAAUUACGAUUAAGAGGAGGUAAGCAAGAAAAGGGAAAUGAAAAAAUAUGAUUUGACUGUUAAAUAUGCAAAUACUUUCGGUCAGCGUUUUGUAGACUAUCAGGAUCCAACUUCUUUCAACUCUAUGCCCUAACUUUAAAAAUAAAAAAUACUUGGUACUGAAAUUGUAAAUAUUAAAGAUCUAACAUACAAAUAUUUAUUCUUUGAAUUAGACAAGGAUUUACAGUAAUAUAACCCAUUUUUACUUUAUUAUUUUUUAUUUAUUGUACCUAAACCUAUAGCACAUAUUUUUGAUUUGCUUUUAUUUAUUUAUUUGCCUAUAACAUUGUUAAUUAGAAAAUAAGUUAGUUUAUAUAUUUUUAGAG